CUGUAACCUCUGCGCAUGCGCUCUUACCGCGCGUCUCUUCCCUCCCCGCACUAUCAAACUCCUGCCUGUCCGCGCCGCCGAAACGCCGAGCCGACAAUGGCACAACUGGUGGGACCUCUCCGCAAAGAGCUCGCUGACUCCCUCUCCUCCUGCCGGGUAUUGGUGGUCGGAGCGGGAGGCAUCGGUUGCGAGCUGCUUAAAAACUUGGUGCUCACCGGCUUUAAGAAUAUUGAAGUGAUUGACCUGGACACCAUUGAUGUCAGCAACCUCAACAGACAGUUCCUGUUUCAGAAGAAACACGUUGGGAAGUCCAAAGCUCAGGUUGCCAAGGAGAGCGUGCUUCGGUUUUGCCCGUCUGCGAACAUCACUGCCUACCAUGACAGCAUCAUGAACCCAGAUUACAAUGUGGAGUUCUUCAGGAAUUUCCAGCUUGUCAUGAACGCUUUGGACAACAGAGCGGCCAGGAAUCACGUCAACAGAAUGUGUUUGGCUGCCGACAUUCCCCUCAUUGAGAGCGGCACGGCUGGCUAUCUGGGACAAGUCACAGUUAUCAAGAAGGGUCAGACAGAAUGCUACGAGUGCCAGCCUAAACCUACACAGAAAACCUUCCCAGGGUGCACCAUUCGCAACACGCCCUCUGAACCCAUUCACUGCAUUGUGUGGGCCAAAUAUCUCUUCAAUCAGCUUUUUGGUGAAGAGGAUGCGGAUCAGGAGGUAUCGCCCGACACGGCUGACCCUGAGGCUGCCUGGAACCCUGCAGAUGCAGCAGCCCGAGCUACAGCCUCAGAUCAGGAUGGAGACAUCAAGCGGGUGUCCACUAAAGAGUGGGCUCGCUCAACAGGCUACGAUCCCGUCAAACUCUUCAACAAGCUUUUUAAAGAUGACAUCAUGUAUCUGUUGACCAUGGAUAAAUUGUGGAAAAAGAGGAAAGCCCCAUUACCUCUAGACUGGACAGAAAUCCAGCAGCUUGCUUGUUCUCAGGAGGAGGCCUGUGGCACAGGUCUGAAGGACCAGCAGGUGUUGGGUGUUCAGGGUUACGCUCAACUCUUUCAACGCAGUGUAGAAACUCUCCGAUCUCAGCUGACAGAGAAGGGUGAGGGUGCGGAGUUAGUCUGGGACAAGGAUGAUCCUCCAGCCAUGGACUUCGUAACAGCAGCUGCAAACUUGCGCAUGAACGUCUUCAGCAUGAACAUGAAAAGCCGCUUUGAUGUCAAAUCCAUGGCAGGGAACAUAAUUCCAGCAAUAGCCACCACUAAUGCAGUCAUUGCGGGUCUCAUUGUUCUGGAGGGGCUCAAAAUUCUCAACUCAGACUUCGAACAGUGUCGCACGAUCUUUCUGAACAAGCAGCCGAACCCCAGGAAGAAGCUUCUCGUACCGUGUGCGCUAGACCCUCCUAAUCCCAACUGUUACGUGUGUGCUAGCAGACCUGAGGUCACAGUAAAACUUAAUGUGCACAAAACCAUUGUGCAAGCUCUUCAGGAUAAGAUACUGAAGGAGAAGUUUGGCAUGGUGGCACCAGAUGUGCAAAUUGAGGAUGGAAAGGGAACAAUCCUCAUCUCCUCGGAGGAAGGAGAGACUGAAGCAAACAAUAACAAGUUUUUGUCCGACUUUGGGAUUCGGAAUGGGAGCCGUCUUCAAGCAGAUGACUUCCUACAGGAUUACACUCUUCUGGUCAAUGUAAUUCACAGUGAGGAAUUGGAAAAGGAUGUUGAGUUUGAAGUAGUGGGUGACGCCCCGGAUAAGGCGCCAACUCCGAGUGCCCCAGAAGAAGGGAAAAACAUUGCCAACGGUAACAAAGAUUCUGCCCAGCCUUCUACCUCAUCUAAAGCAGCUGCAGAGGAUGAUGACAUCCUUAUCGUAGACUCAGACGAAGAACCGUCCUCCAGCGCCAUGGAAGCUUCCCCGGAGCCUAGUAACCGCAAGAGGAAGCAUCACGACGCUGAAACAGACGACGCUGCGUCUAAGCGCAAACGCCUCGACCAGCAGCCGGCCGAUGAUGAUGAAGACAUCAUCGCUCUAGACUAGCAUUUUUGACAAGAUUUCUCAUGCUCCACGAAAGAGGACUUUCCUCACGUUGAAUUUUUGUACGGUUUCUCUUACCAAACAUGUAAAUAUAUCUGUACAAUAUGGUUCAAGCUCAAUGGAUGUCGUCUUUUCCUUCUGUCCUUUGUUUUUUUGGGAACAGAAAACGGCUGAGUUAUGAACUGCACUCGGUUAGGUUUUCCUCAGAUGGAUAAAAUGCUUUUCAACUUUGUAUUUUUUACAAUAUGUGUGACCUGGUAUUUUGCCGUGUUUUAGAGAAGUGCUCACGGUAUUUGAAUGCAUUUUUUCAUCUUGAAAACCAUAUUCCAUAUUUAUUACAGGUUUUGUUUUUGUUGCCAACCUCAGUAAUAUUUCAAAGUAACCAAAUCAUUGUACAGUAACACUAUUACUGUAUGAUGGCUUGUCUAUCUUCUGUUGCAUUGCUUUAGCACCACGAUAAAAAAAAAAAAUAUUGUGACUUUUUAAAAAAAAAAAAGAAAAUACAUUCAGACAACUAUUUAUACCAUUGUGUUUUAUUCUUAUAUAUUAGCUUUUAGAAGUAUAAAUGAGCCCAUGCCUCAUUUACUGACCAAACUGAGGAGCUGAAUAAAGGACAUCAUCUCAUUUAACCUUUAUUUCCCAUAAAAGCGUGUUCUUGAGAGGGUACAAUGUCCUAAUUGCGCGUUGUUUACAUUACAAUGUUUGACGUAAGAACAAUUUGUUUUCGUUUAUUACUCACGUAGAUGUCAGAGUCCACAGUUCACGUGGUAGAUGUCGUCAGUAGGGUUCAUCUAAGAUGCUACCUGACAUGAUUACCCUUCCCCUAUUUGGCAACUCAAGUAAAAUGCAAGUUUUACGUUUUCAGUGGCACAUUUCGUGGGCGAUGGUCAAUAUUUAUUUAUUUUUAUUUUUUUUUGUAAUUGGUCUAGAUACCUAUUUCUUUCCUGCGUGAUGUAAGAAAAUAGUUUUUGCAGAAAAAAAAAAAUAUUUUACAUGACAAAUAUCGAAUACAAUGGAGCAAUAAUUUAGAAAUGUUGAUUUGGUAAACGGAAAAAAACGAGGGAAUUCAUUUUCAAUCGACCUGGCCGUUGAGUGCAUCGGCUGUACACUAGUUAUUGAGGUGCAUUAUGGGAUAGAAUAAGUGCACUUGAUAAUGUCCCCUAUGAUUUCGAACACUACUAAUGGCUGACCCCACAAAUAGUGCACUUUAAAAGGGUACAGAAAGCCAUUUUUAUUUCAUUAAACCCAUUAACAUAACCAUAACUUUUGACAUUUCAAACUCGUAACAAGUUGCAAUUUAAGACCUUUAUUGCUUUCAGUUGAGUGAUGUAAAUAAUUUUAGUAGCUAAUGCAAAUUAUAUGCAGGCUAACAAACAUUAAUUUGUUCUACGUAUUUAUAAUAUAAUGGUCACCAUUAUUACCUAGUUUUUAACGUGUAUAUUUUAUUAAAUAAAUACCCUAAAUAAACCUUGAAUGCCCAUCCUCUGCAUAUAAUUAAGACUCAACGCCCCUCAAAGGAUGAAGCUGAUUGGACCAAGGCUGGACACCCGACCCCCAACUGUACCUAGUCCUCCAUUUUAUCCACCUUCUGCUGGGAUAUUUAAACCUGUCCGUCCGCUGCUGUCUAGACCACAAACAAAAGCUCUUUGAGUUUCGUAAGACCGAGACAAUUGGAAACAUCUAGAUCCCCAUUCGUAGUUUGGUGGGCGUUGUUAACCAGCCGUUUUUUUUUUUUUUUUUGC